AUGGCAUCUGUGUCGCCUCCUAAGCCGUGGGAGAGAGCAGGAGUUGCAGCUACAGUGGCACCGCGGGCUAUAACGGCUUCUGCUGCACCUCAGUCUUCUACUACUACCGCCGUUGCGUCUACACCGUCUUCUUCUACCACCACAUCUUCUGCCUCGGCACCUGAACUGCCAUCACGGCCGAGCGCAUUGAACUCCGUAGUCAACCAAACAGCUUCCACAUAUUCUCCCUAUGGCGCAUCAAGACUAGGCACAUCACCCUAUACCGGUGGCUACAACAACUACUCGUCGCCGUAUUCACGGUUUGGGGCGAUGGGAGGCAUGGGCUCGAUGUACGGCGGCUAUGGCGGAAUGGGAGGGAUGUAUGGCAGUUAUGGCGGGAUGGGAGGAAUGUACGGAGGCAUGCAGAACGGCGACCCCAACAGCUUGACGAACUCGUUCAACCAGAACACGCAGGCGACGUUUCAGAUGAUCGAGAGCAUCGUGGGAGCGUUUGGUGGGUUCGCACAGAUGUUGGAGAGCACCUACAUGGCCACGCAUAGCUCAUUCUUUGCUAUGGUAUCGGUGGCAGAACAGUUCGGGACGUUAAAGAACACACUCGGCUCCGUCUUGGGUAUUUUCACACUCCUUCGAUGGCUGCGGACACUGCUGGCCAAGUUGACCGGCAGACCUCUCCCAGCUGACGCAACUGCCCUGACCCCGUCGGCCUUCUCUGCCUUCACUGGCAACAGCGGUGGCCUACCCGACGGCUCCGGUCGUCCCAAGCCAUCAAAGAAGCCGUUCUUCUUCUUCGUCGCUGCCGUCUUCGGCCUCCCCUAUCUAAUGUCGAAGCUCAUUCGCGUCCUAGCCCGGUCACAAGAGCAGGAAGCCAAACGACAACAGGAACUCCUCAACGAAGCCCAGCAGCAGGGAUCCAUUGAUCCGUCCAAGCUCGACUUCUGCCGAGUGCUAUAUGACUACUCGCCCGAUACACAGACCACUGGUGGCAUCGACCUUGCUGUAAAGAAGGGCGAUCUUGUUGCCGUCCUAAGCAAGUCAGACCCAAUGGGAAACCCAUCCGAAUGGUGGAGGUGCAGGAGCCGUGACGGCUCUGUCGGAUACCUGCCAAGCCCCUAUCUCGAGGCGAUUCAACGCAGGCCACAGCAGCAAGCGAUCACGGCUGGAACCGCCAGCAGCACCAACAGCGCCCCAGCUACGAGGACGAGCACUCUGGUUGGCAAUGCUGCCGAGUUGCGGACGAAGAGCCUGACUGCAUUGAAGCAAGCUCCCGAGCUCGUCAAGUCGAAGCCAACUGACAUCUCCCUGGAGAGCUUCCAGAAAUCCAAUUUCUGUUCCUAA